UCUCUCUCUCUCUCUGACCAGUCCAAUGGCGAUUUCCAGUUCUCCUGACUGGUCACCGACCACCAUCACUUCUCACAGGAAAACCCACUCGAGAACUCCAUUUUCAACCUCAAAAAUUCUCUCAUUUCUCUCUGUUUCCCGCUCAACUCGACCAUUUUUUCACAUUAACUGUUCUUUCUGUCCCUCACCCCUGUUGGAAGACGACUCCACCAGUGUCAAGACCAUUGAACCUCAGCAGAAAUUCCCAGAUUUAGAGCAAUGUCGGGGACCAAAACUUGAAAACCCAAAUGUUUUCUUGCGCGGAUUGUUGAAUGAUCGUCGAACCGAAGCACUUGCCUUUGAAUACUACCAGAAGGCAAAAAUUCAACCGGAAUUUAGACCGGAGUCUUCGACGUUACAGCUUCUUAUCAGGUAUUUGCUCAGAUCAAAGAAAUGGAGCUCUAUUUCAUUGAUUUCCGAAGAUUUUAAGGCUUUCUCCGUUUUCCCUGAUAGAAUUACAAGUUCUAGAUUGGUGGGUAGUUGCAUUAGAGCCAGAAAAUUUAAGACUGCUAAGGCCUUGCUUGAAAGUUUUGAAUCCAAUGGAGAGCUUGUUGUUUCAGCCUUUGAUUCAGCAAUGAGAAGCUACAACAAGCUCCAUAUGUAUAGCAGCACAAUUUUACUAUACAAUCAGAUGAAAUCUGCAGGAAUUUUGCCAGACCCUAGUUGUUACUGCCAUAUCAUGGAAGCUUAUAGGAAAAUUAGUGACACAGAUAAAGUUGUUUCUCUGUUCUGUGAAUUUGAAAGCCGGAAACUUAUAGAACCAACAUCGUUUUCCACUCAGAUUUAUGGGAUCUUAUGUGAUUCUUUGGGGAAAUCAGGGAGAGCUUUUGAAGCUCUUGAAUAUUUCAGAGAUAUGACAAAGAAAGGAAUUUCAGAGGAUUCUUCAAUCUACUCCUCUCUGAUUUGUUCUUUUGCAAGCAUUCGAGAGGUCAAGAUGGCUAAAGAGAUCUUUGAGGAAGCCAGGGAGAAGCAAAUGGUGAAAGACCCAGCUCUGUUUCUAAAACUUAUUUUAAUGUAUGUGGAAGAAGGGCUAAUGGAUAAAACUCUUGACAUUGUUAAGGCAAUGAAGCAAGCAAAAAUUAGAGUUUCAGAUUGCAUUUUCUGUGCAGUUGUUAAUGGUUACUCUAAGAAAAGAGGGCCUAAAGUAGCAAUAAGAGUUUAUGAAGAUCUAGUCUCACAGGGUUGCGAGCCUGGUCAAGUAACCUAUGCUUCUGUCAUAAGUAUCUAUUGUGGGAUUGGGCUUCAUACUAAGGCUGAGAUGACAUAUUUUGAGAUGGAGCAGAAGGGUUUUGAUAAGUGUAUUGUAGCUUAUGCUACCAUGGUCUCUAUGUAUGGGAAAGUUGGAAGGCUAAGGGAUGCUAUGAAGCUCGUGGCUAAGAUGAAGGAAAGAGGGUGUGAGCCAAAUGUUUGGAUCUAUAAUUCACUCAUCGAUAUGCAUGGGAGAGCCCAAAACUUGAGGCAGGUGGAGAAGCUUUGGAAGGAGAUGAAGCGAAGGAAGGUCGCGCCUGAUAAGGUUAGCUAUACCAGUUUGAUAACUGCAUACAGUAAAGCUGGAGAGUUUGAGGCGUGUAUAAAGCUUUACCAGGAGUUCAGGUUCAAUGGAGGCAAAUUAGACAGAGCCUUGGCAGGUAUAAUGGUUGGGGUUUUCUCAAAGAGCAGUAGGAUUAAUGAGCUGAUGAAGCUUUUGCAAGACAUGAAAUUAGAGGGGACAGGUUUGGAUGUGAAGCUGUAUCGGUCUGCUCUGAAUGCACUGAGAGAUGCUGGACUCCAAGUUCAGGUGAAAUGGUUUGAAGAGAGUUUUGCUUCUACAAGAAUUAAAUUCUUGACAGUCAACAGGAGUCUAAAGACCAUGAUGACAAAGAAAUAUAAGUUAGGUUCUUUUGAACAAAGCCUCUGAGAGGUCUUUUUCUGGAUUUCUAUGGCUUAAUCAUCAGUUCCAUCAAAACAAGAAAGGGCCAUAUAGGAUUAUUGCUUCUCUGACAGCUCCUGGUUUUUUCAAAAGAACUGCAUUUGUUUUGUAGAUUUUUGUGUACAGCAUCUGAAAGAAGCAACAAUAUGCAUGAUAACACAUACCAUGAGAACUUGAAAUCA